UCGAUCCUUACCUUUCCAUAGAUUCCUUCGAAAUCCUUCCCUGCUGGCUCAGGAUGUCGCUAUCCAAGGAAAUGAUGUGCUUGGUGAAGCAGAAGGAGGAGGAGGGAUUUGACCUGGUGACCCGUCCAGUGCCUACCCCGGGGCCAGACGAGGUCAUCAUCAAAGUUGAAAGGGUGUCCAUCUGCGGGUCGGACAUGAACCUGUGGAAAUGGAAUGACAUGGCUCGUGUCCGAGGCAGACUUCCCUUCAUCCCAGGUCACGAGGCGACAGGGCAGGUGGUGGAAGUGGGAUCACAGGUGAAGGAGGUGCAGGUGGGACAGCGGGUAGCUGUGGAGAACCACUUCUACUGUGGCACUUGUUACCAGUGUAAGGUUAGUAUGUGUAACGACGGUGACAAAUAGCUGAGUGUCUGGGCAUCCAGAAGGGUGUCUUG